AUGAACAUGGAGUCAGAACGGAAGGGAGGAGACAAGUUAAAAAAAAUCAUCAGGAUUGCUGUGAAUAUCUGUCUUUUUAAUUAAAUCUGCCAACGAGAAAGUGCUGUAAACGCGAUAUGCAGCGAUGAAGAGGGUGCGGACUGAGCAGAUCCAGUAUACCGUGGCUCAGUACCUGAAACGGCGGCAGUAUGUGGACACAGAAAGUUCCCUGAAAGGGGCCAAGCUUUCCCAGUCUGCCGAAGAGAUGGCAGCUAACCUCACAGUUCAGACAGAGUCUGGCUGUGCCAAUGUGGUGUCCGCAGCUCCAUGCCAGGCAGACCCACAACAGUAUGAGAUGCAGUUCGCCCGAUUGCGCAGCUUCCUGUCUGAGGCAGAAGUGCCGUGGGGCCAGGAGGUGAGCAGCGUGCUCUACCCGCUCUUCGUUUAUCUGCACCUGGACAUGGCACGUUGCGGCCUGAAGAGUGCAGUGGACAGUUUCUACAGCCGCUUCCAUGGGCUCUUCCUUCAGGACACCGAGCAGAAGGACACAGUGGACCAGCUGCGCCAUGUCCUGGCUGCCCAGGACAUCUUGUCCAACCCCAAAUUGUGUGCCUUCCUGGACCACAAGUAUGUGGUGCACUUGACCGACCCGGCCUACAGCUACCUCCUACGCUACCUGCAGAGCGCUGACAAUACCGCCCUCUGCAGGGUCCUGAGUGCCCACGUGCAGGUGGAGGUGACUGCUGUCCGCCCGACCGACUACCAGCUGUACGGGGUGGGCUCUUGGGGUGCGGGGGGCUCAGCCCCUAGCGUCACCUCCUCGCGGGGGCCGGACGAGGAGGGGCUGGAGCCCGGCGACAUGGCUGCCGGCCUGCUGCAGAAUGAGGUGGCUGCUGAGGCGCUGCAGGACUGCAUCAAGCGCAUUAAGGAUGGGCCACCGUCGCUCACCACUGUCUGCUUCUACGCCUUCCACCACACCGACCAGCUGCUCAACGCCACCGAGAUCUCGGCUGACAGCAAGCUGCUGGCCGCCGGCUUCGACAACUCUGCUGUCAAACUGUGGAGCCUGCGGGCCCGCAAACUGAAGGCGGAGCCGCACCACGUGGACGUAUCUCGCAUCCACCUGGCCUGCGACAUGCUGGAUGAGGAGGCUGAUGACAAGGAUAGCGCAGGCAGCGAGAUGAAGACCCUGCGUGGCCAUUGCGGGCCAGUCUACCGCACGGCCUUCCUGACGGACAGCUCGGGCCUCCUCUCUUGCUCGGAGGACACCUCCAUCCGCUACUGGAACCUGGGCAGCUUCACCAACACCAUCCUAUACCAGGGCCACGCCUACCCAGUGUGGGACGUGGACAUCAGCCCCUGCAGCCUGUACUUUGCCAGCAGCUCGCACGACCGCACGGCCCGCCUUUGGACCUUCAGCCGCACAUAUCCGCUGCGCCUCUAUGCCGGCCACCUGGCCGACGUCGACUGCGUCAAGUUCCACCCCAACUCCAACUACCUGGCCACCGGCUCAGCUGACAAGACGGUGCGCCUGUGGAGCACACAGCAGGGCAGCUCUGUGCGGCUCUUCACCGGCCACCGCGGCCCUGUGCUGGCGCUCGCCUUCUCCCCCAACGGCAAGUACCUGGCGUCGGCGGGCGAGGACCAGCGGCUGAAGCUGUGGGACCUGGCCUCGGGGACACUGUUCAAGGACAUGCGUGGCCACACGGACACUAUCACCAGCUUGUCCUUCAGCCCCGACAGCAGCCUCGUGGCGUCCGCCUCCAUGGACAACUCUGUGCGCGUGUGGGACAUCCGCAAUGCCCACGGGGGCGGAGGCGGAAGCAGCAUGCCUGCCGACGGCUCGUCCAGCGAGCUGGUGGGCUUGUACACAGGCAGCACCAGCAGCGUGCUGAGUGUGCAGUUCACGGCCUGCAAUCUGCUGCUCGUCACGGGCACCGCCCAGGAGAAGCAGGAACAUUAGGGCUAUGUGUCUGCGAGCAGCAUCCAUCAGCAAAUGUUCAUUGCCCCCCCCCCAAACUGAUCACCUCUGCUUGUUGACAUGACAACGGCUUAAAAAGCACAUAACACAAUGUUAAAAAAAUUUGGAAUAA